AUGGAGGGAUUUUCGAAAGAGGUAGGGGCUCCUGAUAUCGGGGAUACCCUUACCGAGCUUAGCGCUCUUACCCUGUCGGCGCGAGAUUAUGGCAAUUCGCAGGGUGAGACUUCCACGAGCAUCGGCGGCGCUCAACAUAACGGUGAUGAGAAGAGUCGUAACGUCCACGAAGAAAACGAAGACGUGCUUUUUGUCGGUACCAAUAUCCGCGUGAAGACAGAUCGCGACGAGCAACGCUAUAACAAAUACGACACAGGCUAUCAACCAUCGGAUUCCGCACACGCGGAUGCAUCACCUCUACCGUACGGCAGUGAUGCUGCCUAUGAAGGGUACAACAAUUCAAACGGUACACUAAACUCCAAUAACGGAGGCAGCAACGCCGCGGUUGACCAUUCGUACACGGACAAUGUUGAUGGCACUGCAGCAGCAGAUUCUGGUAGUGCUGGUGGAAAUGAAAUUACAAGUGUGUUAAAGAUGCCGUGCUAUACUGAGGAGAAACCGCAAACGGGUUUCUUGUUAAACUUUUUUCGAAGGAAGGGGGCAAAGGCAACCCUAAAAUCUAUUGUCAAGGGCAAGGCUGUCUACAACAAAGUUAUCGAUUUGGAUGCGGACUUAACAACCCCUUGUGAGUAUGAAGACGUCAACGAUGCGCUGAAACAGAUUAUUGGCACCAGGUCGGCGGCGAGAGCGGGGUCGGUUAGUGGAUCUGCAUCCAAUGGAUCGUCCACAUCUAACCGAAGAAGGAGGCAUCAACACCACGAUGAUCACCAUAGACACGACCACGUUGCCCAUAGGCCAUACCCUUUCCAGCCCAUUGUAGGCGUGAGGCGGAUGGAGCCUGCCCAGAUGGGCCGUUUCGAUUUCUACGGCCCGGGUGCGGCGCACAAAACGGAAUCUGCCGAAUAUCAGCCGAUGACUCCAGACCUUUUCAACGGCUGGGUACGAGCAUUUUUCAACGUUGCAGUAACGACCGUGCUUCUCUAUUUGGGGCUGGUGUUCAUUCUUGCAAUCAGCCGGGACAUAGGCAAUGGCCUGGAGAAAAGACGACAAAUGGUCAAGGCGGAGGCUAUGCUUUGCCAGGAGCUUUACAGAAAGAACAAGUGCAGAACUGUUAAUGUGCCAGCUUUGGAACAGCAGUGUCGAGACUGGGAGGCGUGCAUGUAUAAGGACGCCAUUUUAUACGACGACACAUCGUUCCUAUCCGCCGAGGUUUUAGGUGGAGUUAUUAACAAAUUCGUAUCGCAACUGGAUGCACGCACAGUGGGCAUAGUGAUUGCAGCUUUCUUGGCACUCUUCGUUGGCAGCAACUGCGCUUUGUCAAUGUCGGGCGCCCCAAGGCAGUCUAGACCAGGCUGGUUCAGAAGAUUAUUUUCCAGAAAUACGCAACCCCAAGACGGUUCUGACCUGCUUCAAGGCAAUGGGUUUGCGGCUAACCCUCAACUAAUGCAUGUCAUGCACAACCCCUAUCUACAGCCAAACUACUGUCUCAUGGGAAACUACCCUUAUGUUGACACUAGGUACCACUCGCGUACACCUCCAUCGACGUCUCUCAACUACUACAAUGACAAGCCGGAAGAGGAAGCGUCCUGGUCGUCAAAAUCUGGGCCAACGACGGCGUGGAAACGCCGAUUCACGUCAACCUGGGUUGACCAGAAUUAG